UGCAUUUCAUUUUAUUUUUUCUCUCUCUCAAUAUCCCUUCUUGCAACAAGUCAGCCAUGUUGAGCAUGACCACGAUCGCGCGCGUCAUUGACGGUCUCCCUUUGGCCGCGUCGACAGAAGACGACCAAACCGGACGAGACCUGCAGGAGUACAAGACGCAAGCCAAGCAGCUAUUCAAGCGUCUGUCUGACGCGUCGCCCACUCGUUGCUCCAUCGAGUCGGGAUCGUUCGUCUUCCACUACAUUAUUGAAGAUGGCGUCUGCUUGCUGACGCUGUGCGAGCCAUCGUACCCGAAAAAGCUCGCGUUCGCCUUCUUGGAAGACAUGAGCCGAGAAUUCCAGCAAGAAUACCGAAACGAAAUUCACACCGCCUCGCGUCCGUAUGCCUUUAUCUCGUUUGACACCACCAUUCAGCGCCUUCGAAAGCAAUACUCGGAUACCCGCGCGGCUCGCAACGUGUCAAAGUUGAACGACGACUUGAUGGACGUGCAGCGCAUCAUGAUCAAGAACAUUGACGAGGUCAUUGGCCGAGGACAAAAGCUGGAUCAAAUUAGUCAAGUUGCCGGACACUUGUCUUCAGAAUCCAAAAAGUACGUCAAGGACGCCAAGUGGCUCAACAUUCUCGCCAUGUUCCAAAAAUACAUUCCGAUCAUUGGUGUCGUGGUGAUUGUGCUGUUGGUGUUGUACUUGCGUUACGUUUGGUUCCACUGAGACACUCCGGAUGGUCUACAAUGUUGAUGGUGUUUUUGAUACUUUGUUCUUGUUCGCUUUGUUGGUUUUUGUGAGUCAAACGUGGUAAUUGUCUUUGAUACGAAUAUGAAUUUUAAUCAGACAAACAAAAGCGGUA